AUGCACAAGACUCGUGUUUCCGAGGUGCAGUCUGUGAUGGCGGAGGCAGAGGCGCUGGAAGCAGCGCUGCAGAAGCCGCAGCUGCGGUCGGCAGUGGCACUGCUGCCACCCAUGCCGUCAGUCAAUGAUUUCCUGCAGCAAAUAGGCGUCACGCUGCACCAG